GGAUUUAUGAGGUUAGAGAUUGGAAUUUCUAUGUUUAUCCACGCUGUUGAAUAGUGUCUGUCCUUUUCUCUCCAACGUAACAUUUGUUUGACAGUUUGGCUGAUAUAUAACGCUGACUUGUUUUGCUAGAAAAAGGGAAAAAUCAGAGAGAGCCCAUCUCAUUUUCCAGAACCAUCUUUCUCUACGAGAAAUCUCAAAGCCCACGGGGCAAGAAAAACCAAAGGAAAAUUCGGUGAACAAGUUUGAGAGGAGAAGGAGAAAUGGCGGAUCAGUUGACUGAUGACCAGAUCUCUGAGUUCAAGGAGGCCUUCAGCCUUUUUGAUAAGGAUGGAGAUGGUUGCAUCACCACCAAGGAGCUUGGAACUGUAAUGAGAUCCCUGGGCCAGAACCCCACUGAGGCCGAGCUCCAGGAUAUGAUUAAUGAGGUUGAUGCCGAUGGUAAUGGAACCAUCGACUUCCCAGAGUUCUUGAACCUCAUGGCCAGGAAGAUGAAGGAUACUGACUCCGAAGAGGAGCUUAAAGAGGCAUUCCGUGUUUUUGACAAGGAUCAGAAUGGUUUCAUCUCAGCUGCGGAGCUUCGUCAUGUAAUGACCAACCUUGGCGAGAAGCUCACCGAUGAGGAAGUAGACGAGAUGAUUAGGGAAGCAGAUGUCGAUGGUGAUGGGCAAAUCAAUUAUGAAGAAUUUGUCAAGGUUAUGAUGGCCAAGUGAUGUCCCCACCUCCAGUCAACCUAGAAACCUUUAUGAAUACAAAAUAUGGAAAAAAAAAAAAAGAAAAAAGAAAAAAAGAUGAACAAGGUCGGUAUGUGUAAUGGUUUUCUAGUUCGCUUUUCAUCAUUGCAUUUCAUAGUUUAUAAGUCAUCGGAGGUUUUAAUGAUCUGUUGUAAAAUGGUGGUGGACUCUUCACUGUUCCUUUUUCUUGUGCUUUGUGACUCAUUUGCAGCAAUUUUAGACUCAUUCCACCCUUAAAGCUUCUUGUGACUUUGUGAGGAAAGAAUUUUAUGUUCUUGUAAGGGUUGAUUCAGUAAGAAAUUUCUUAUCUACUUGAA